AUGAUGAAGCACCAAGAUGAGAUAACACAGAAUCAGGAAACCUCAAUCAGAAGAAUUGAGAAGCAAAUGGCACAACUAGCUAAGCACCUUGCAGAAAUGGGUGAGGAAAGGGCAAAUACUUCCCCCAGAGCCACUGAAGACAACCUGAAAGACAAUGAGAAAGUUGCCAGGGAUGUUGACACCGAUAGGUUGGACUGUAUCAAUGGCAGGAUAACACGACAGAUGAGACUGCUGUCCAACUGUCUGAGACAUGCUGUAAAUCGCACCUCACAUCAACUCACCGCCGGCCUGUCAUCUUCUUCAUCUCGCCAGAGAUGGUGCGCCUCCAAUGACAUCUCAACCUCACCUCACCGUCGCGUUUUGGGUCGCAAGCCGUCCCCUUCGUCGCGGCUCCUUGUUCCGCGGCUCCACGUCGUCGUCGUCGCCGUCAUCGUGUCCUCUCCAUCCUCUGCGUCCUCUCUCGGACUAUCGGACAGUUUGUGCUUGUUUCGUUGGCUGGGUGGGGCGCAUUCAUCUAUGGGAAUUACAAGUUCUUCACUAGAGGCAAGGGCAACAAAGAAGUGAAAGUUGAAGAAGCACCAAACAAGGCUUGAGGUUGUUACUCCAUAGAAGCGAUAUACCAGUUGCUUAAUAAGUUUCCCUACUUAGAUUUAGUUAUAGGUAUUGUGUUAUUUACCGUUAUGGUAUUUCUAUUACCAUGCAAAUUAUCAUCAAAGUUUUUAGCAUUUUGUAGAUUAGAAGCUUCGCUGCUGGGUUUGAAUUUUAACUUUAAUUAAACUCUUUCAUAACAUGAUAUUCGUCAACCAUAUUGUAUGCCCUUUGGUACAUAUUGGUAUAUAUGAGACGAAUUCUUGUAAGUUGAAAUUGAUCUACCUUUGAUAUUAUUUGUGAUACACAACUAAA